UAUUUCAAAGGUGGGUGGGGUCUACAUUUCAACUCUCAUUCCCUGGUUUUUAAUACCUGCACGAGCCUCCGCUCCUUCAUUUUUUGACAAAAUAAUUGUUGAGACCAGGCUUAACAAUAGCACAACAUAAAAGGACGAUCCCAUUUUUCCCUGCUUGGUGACUUUGAAGAGGCUUGGAUACCACUGCUUUUGCACAGACAUUUUGUGAGUCACAGCGGGAGUUUUGUGUGUGUGGAAGUCGCAUUUACCGCAGUACCUGUUCCAUUCCGACGGCCGAGGUUCUGUCCUACCCAGCACCGUCGCCUGUGUGAAGCCUGCCUAAACUCAGCCCCGAGAGGUCCGGCUCCCAGACCAGCACCCUAAACAUGAGACAGCUGUGUGUCUGUGUGUCUGUCCUGCUAGCCUUGGCCACCAUGGCUGUGGCUAGGCCUAAAGAAGGACCGGAGCAGAAGUGCAAGUCUGGCCCAGUGGACCUCAUAUUCAUUAUUGACAGCUCUCGAAGUGUGCGGCCCCACGAGUUUGAGACCAUGCGCAAGUUUAUGAUUGACAUCAUCCACACGCUGGACAUGGAGGCGAAUGCCACCCGAGUGGGCGUGGUGCAGUACUCCAGCCAGGUCCAGAAUGAAUUCUCUCUCAAGACCCAUGGCAAGCUGCAGGGCAUGGUGAAAGGCAUCAAUGAGAUCGUCCCCCUGGCGCAGGGCACCAUGACGGGCCUGGCCAUCAAGUACGUCAUGAACCAUGCCUUCACGGCAGCCGAGGGCGACCGACCCAAGGUGCCCAAUGUGGCCGUCAUCGUAACGGACGGGCGGCCCCAGGACCGCGUGGUGGAGGUAGCAGCCGAGGCUCGAGACAAGGGAAUCGAGAUCUAUGCUGUGGGCGUUGCUCGGGCGGAUUUGACCUCGCUGCGUGCUAUGGCGUCGCCGCCCAUUGAGGACCAUGUCUUCCUGGUGGAGUCUUUUGACCUGAUCUACCAGUUUGGCCUGCAGUUCCAGGACAAGCUCUGCGGGAUGGAUCUGUGCCUGGAGUCUGACCAUGGCUGUGAGCACCUCUGUGAGAGCUCCCCUCGUUCUUUCCACUGCCUGUGUCUGCCAGGGUACACUCUCAACGAGGAUGGCAAGACCUGUAAAGCCAUAGACCUGUGUGCUGGGGGGAAGCAUGACUGUGAGCAGAUCUGUAUCCCCUCCCCUGGAACCUUCACCUGCGGCUGCAACACCGGCUACACGCUCAACGACGACAAGAAGACCUGCACAAUGAUAGACCUGUGUGCUGAGGGGAAGCAUGACUGUGAGCAGAUCUGUAUCACCUCUCUGGGCACCUUCACCUGCAACUGCAAGACUGGCUACACCCUCAACGAUGACAAGAUUACCUGCACAAUGAUAGACCUGUGUGCUGAGGGGAAGCAUGACUGUGAGCAGAUCUGUAUCGCCUCCCCUGGAGCCUUCAUCUGUGACUGCAGCGCUGGCUUUAAGCUCCACGAUGACAAGAAGACCUGCACAAACCUGUGUAACACAGUGGAGCAUGGCUGUGAGCAUCAGUGUAUCAGUACACCAGACUCCUACUACUGCAUCUGCCCUGAGGGACAGCUACUGGCAGAGGAUGGCAAGGGCUGCCGAACCUGCAGAUCGGCCAACAUUGACCUGGUCCUCCUCAUCGAUGGCUCCAAGAGCGUGCGUCCCCAGAACUUUGAGCUGGUCAAGCAGUUUGUCAACCAGGUGGUGGACUCCCUGGAUGUGUCCGCCCAUGGGACUCGAGUGGGCCUAGUGCAGUACUCCAGCCACGUGCGCACAGAGUUCGCCCUCAAAAUGUACGAGAAGACGGAUGACAUCAAGAAGGCGGUGAUGAACGUGGAGUACAUGGAGAAGGGCACCAUGACGGGCCUGGCCCUCAAGCACAUGAUGGAGAACAGCUUCUCGGAGGCCGAGGGUGCCCGCAAGAACAUCCCUCGCGUGGGCCUGGUCUUCACUGACGGCCGCUCUCAGGACGACAUCACUGAGUGGGCCAAGAAGGCCAAAGAAGAAGGUAUCACCAUGUAUGCUGUUGGUGUUGGGAAGGCCAUGGAGGAUGAGCUGCGUGAGAUUGCCUCAGAGCCACUAGACAAGCACUUCUUCUAUACCACUGACUUCACUUUCAUCAACCAGAUAGCCGAGAACCUCAAGCUCAAUGUCUGUGCAGAGGAGAGCCAGGGAGAGAUUGAGGUGAAAGACCCAUGUGCCUGUGAGAGUCUGGUUGAGUUCCAGCAAGCAACAAUGUCCACUCUGGAGCAGCUGAAAACAAAACUGGCGGGUAUGACUGCACAAUUGGAGGACAUGGAGAACCAGCUGCUGUCACGAAAAUGAGGGAUGUCAUUCAAGUAACCCAACAAGAAUAAGGAGAUGCUUUGAGCAUAGAAUCAUUUCCCUGUCAAGAAUGUAACAGUAAAAACACAAGUCCUAUCAAUGUCGACUUUCCAUGAUGUAAAUGACCCAAAACAAUAUUUUAUUAUUUUAUGUGGAAUAUCUUAUUUCAGUGCAUGAAUGUGGACAUGCAAUGGACUUGAGUCAUAUCAAGCACAUCCAUACUUAAUGUAGACAUAAGCACAGGCAACUAGAAAGUACAGCCAUUGCUUAUAACUUAAAGCUCCAAUAUGUAACUUUUUGGGCACCCAACCAAAUUCACAUAGAAAUAUGAGUUAUAGAUCUGUCAUUGAAAGUCUAAGAAGCUGGUAGAUCGGUUCUAUGCUUCCCGUUUUAAAGUUUUGUUUGUGUCUUUUUACUUUCAUUUUUGUACAUCUUCAAACAGCUGAAAAUAAAAUAUUAUUGGUUAUGGAAAAUAUAUUUCACAACGGAUUACAUGGUACAAUGAUGCUCUACACUAUAAUGUCACUAUGAACUUAAAUUAGGCAAACUAUUAGAAUUUUAGCAACCAGGAAAUGCCGGGGCGAUGUCUCCAUAGUGCAUCUUAAAUACACAGUAUUUUUCCAUUCUCACACCAGACGGUUUUUAUUUGUGCUCCAUUUAUCCUUAAUAUGUUUUAUAUGGUUUGUUAAUGUAAUGUGUUUAUUAUAGCAAGUUUGAUACCAGCAGUAAAUAACUGGGGGAAAAAUAAUUAAUAAGUAUUAUUACCACUUCAAAUUCGGACGCAUUUUCUCAUAGAAAGUCAUAUAAUCCAAUAUUUUUAGAGGAAUAAAUGAUAGGAGAGUCGUAAAGAAUACAAAAUGAGGGUUCCUGGAUUCACAAAAGUGAAACCAAGCAUCACAAAAUUACCUAGAUCACAGCAAAACAUUACUGUCAAGAGGAUGGGAAAGUUCUGUAUGAAUUUGAGCUCCAAAAAUACAUCCUAAAUGAGUAAUUAAGAUCACAUUGAUUGUCUUACUUUGUAACUAUGUAUGCAGUUGAAUGAGGUCAUGAAUAUACUGGUAUAUUAUGUGAAAUCAAAAUACCACCACAAAGAAAGGGAAGUUUACGCCCAACUUUUGCUGUGGUUUACUUAAGCAAAUAAGCCCCGAGGAGGUGUGGUAUAUGUUCUUACGCAUGACACAACGCGGGGUGCCUGGACACAGCCCUUAGCCGUGGUAUAUUGGCCAUAUAUCACAAACCCACGAGGUGCCUUACUGCUAUUAUGAACUGGUUGCCAAUGUAAUU